AUGAAGUUUAAGUGGCGCUCUGUCUUCGAACAACUUCUCUUCACAUUCAUUGUCCGUGGAGGUCGUACUAGAGCCUACAGCGGUGAAACUGCCCUAGCUUAUCCGCAGAAUAACGUUAACAUGUUUAUCCUCAUUUCUGAUCAUCGUGUCACACAGCUGAUGACUCUUCUCUAUGAUCUUGGAUAUAUCGUGUUCCGCGCCACAUUUAGGAGCUACUCCAUCAUUAUUGGUCCCCAGUCCGGCAGCAACUGUGAUCUUGUCACGGAUUGGAUACGCAUAUCGAGUAUCGCGGCCGUCGAUAGCGACCGGAUCUUCCAGAUCAACAUUGCCUGUCACAUGUUCGUUUUCCAGAUGGAAUUCAUUGUGCCAAACGCGCUCCGUAAGCAACAGGACGUCUUACUGACCUCCCAGAUGCCCUCCUUCAUGUUGGUUUCUAUUCCCUUACCCACCGAGCUGACUUCCAUCGUUCACGCGCUCGGCAAUUUUCUGAAACAGGAGACAGUAGAGGGGAAGGAACGGGUGGUGACUCCGCGCAGACUGUACUCAAACCACUUUGCCGCCAUCAGUCUGGUCCUCACUACCUCCGACCUCAUCACGGGCAUCAACACCCUGUUAAGCUACUAUGGCUGGCAGAUGAUGACCGUUUUCCAUGAAGUCAGCCUGGAGGGUGGCGAGUCCGCGUUUCUGGCGCAUCAGAUAGUUCUGACGUUGAUCGUUGGGGGUGCCAGCACGGGACCCUUUAAAGCUGUUCGUCGACAGGGCCUGCGUCAGGGCAUGAAUCAUGCGGAACUACUGGCCGACAAGUAA